GUUUAUUUAAUUUAGUUUGUGUCCUGAAUUUUCCGAGAGAAGAAAAAUGAGCGUCAAUGGACAUGCAAACCGAGAUUUGUAUAGUGAAUGCGGAACCGGGGACACCGAGGGAAACGAAAAUACACCUUUAUUAGGAAAUGGAUCAAUACAGAGCAGGGCUAGAGGAGCCUCCUUCGUCUCCUCUGUGUUUAACCUGAUGAAUGCAAUCAUGGGCAGCGGUAUACUGGGUCUAGCUUACGCUAUGGCUAGUACUGGAAUAAUUGGUUUUUGCCUCCUGUUGACAAUAGUGUCCAGCCUGGCAGCGUACUCCAUACAUCUCCUCCUGAAGCUAUGUGACCAAACAGGUAUCAAUUCAUACGAAGACAUUGGAGGGAAAGCCUUGCAGAAACCAGGAAAGGUCCUGGUUGGAAUUGUUAUUAUCAUCCAAAAUAUCGGUGCCAUGGCGUCCUACUUGUUCAUUUUGAAGUCGGAGCUUCCUGCAGCCAUCAACAGCUUCUUGAACGCAGACAGCACAGGAGAUGCCUGGUAUGAAGAUGGCAGGUUGCUCCUGAUCAUAGUCACAGUUGGUAUUGUUCUACCUCUGUCCAUGUCGCCUAAAAUUGGCUUCCUGGGCUACACCAGUAGCAUUGCCUCUCUCUUCGUGGUGUACUUCGUAGUAGUGGUUGUGGUCAAGAAGUGGGCCAUCCCCUGCCCACUGCCUCUCAAUGUGACAACAUUUUCCACUGCCGUCCAGAUAUCAAAUUCCUCUGACUCAGAAUGUACAGCCAAACUCUUUGUCAUCUCCAGGAAGAGUGCCUUCGCCAUCCCCACCAUGGCCUUCUCCUUCCUGUGCCACACGGCUAUCCUGCCAAUCUACUGUGAACUGGACCGACCAACGAAGAAAAGGAUGCAGAACGUUACGAAUGUCAGUAUUGGCCUCAGCUUCCUGCUUUACGUCAUAUCUGCGCUGUUCGGUUACCUCACUUUUUAUGCUCAUGUGGACUCUGAGCUGCUGCUUGGUUACGACAUGUACUUGCCUCGGGACAUCAUGGUGAUGACGGUUCGACUGGCUAUCCUGGUGUCGGUGUUGCUGACUGUGCCGCUCAUUCAAUUCCCUGCCCGUAAGUCUGCGAUGUUGCUGCUGUUUGAAGGACGGCCCUUCUCCUGGGUGAUCCACGUCAUUAUAACUCUAACAAUCCUGGGUGUGGUGCUGAUGAUGGCCAUCUUUGUGCCGGAUAUCAGCAAUGUCUUUGGAGUCGUUGGAUCCACAACAUCUAGCUCCCUGUUGUUUGUUUUCCCUGGGAUUUUCUACCUCAAGAUCAGCAGUGAACCUCUCAGAUCUUUUGACUCCAUGGGGGCUAUAUUCCUGAUGGUGUUUGGUAUAAUUAUGGGACUCAGCAGCUUCUCUCUCAUUGUCAUCGAAUGGGUACAGAGCUCCUAACUUUCUCCACGCCCCCUCUUCCAAAUCAAGCACAAGAGCAAAGAAAGGGAAUAGUGUGGCAAAGAAGCUGAACACUGUAUCAGACAGACGCUAAUCAGCAUCACCUCAGGGAGAUUAUAUAUGGUAAAGUUGUUCUAAACACUCGCUUUGUGCUUUUCUUUCCUGUUCUUUCUCAACUACAAAUGUAGAUCAAACAUGUGGUCUAAAAGAAAACAAGUACUUCUUUAUGUGCUCAUCUCUUUUAAACACCAUCAUUCCGGGCAAUCUGUGAUUAUUCAUUUUUGAAUCUGCCUGGAAGAAAGGACAGGCGAGGCACCUUUUCACGUUGUGUCCUUUUUAUUUUAUGUACUUUAUGUUUUUUUAAUAUUUACUUUUACAAGAUUUUGUAUCGUCCUCUGUGGAUGAUCAUGCACCUUAUGUAAAUCUGCAUUUGAAAAUACCACGGACCAUGUCUGUACUGUAGGUGUGUCACGUUUACUGCUUCCUCAGAUUUUGUUUAUGGAUUCUUUUGGGGACGUUUUGGCACACUUCUUUGUUUUUUUAAGGCUUAUUUUUUAUUGUUUUAAUUUAUGUAUUGAUUUACCACGGUCCAAACCUCAGGUGUUUCUGCUGCUACUUGUAUUCUUUAGCUUUAAUGAAUGUGACAAAUACAGCUGGGUCCAUAUUUUUAAACUGAUCAUUUUUUGUUUGGACCCGUUAAUUACAGUGUACUCCAUGUGGUUAUAAUGUAAAAUAAUAUCAUUUUAAUCUUUAUAUGACUGGCAUUUAAUAAAAGGGAAGUUGUUUAUGUACUG